UAACAAUGUGUUGUUUUCUUCCAGCGUGUGGGCGUGAGCGAGGAGGGGGGGAGCGUGCCCCCCGUGCUGCUCAAGGUGCCGGCCCCAGUCAAGCGUCCAGCCAUGCAUCCUAACAUGACGUCCAAGGAGGCGGAGGUGCCCCCGGAGCAGGUAGAGCCAGUAGACCUAAGUGUGAGGACAACCAAGACGAUGGGGAAGGGAAACGACGGACAUACACCCUUGAAGGGGCUGAAGGAUCACAACACUGGGGUCGUCCUUAAAGUGCCAACCUUCCCUUCCUUCGCCCUACAGUCCCUCGGCGUCGACCUCUCCCUCAAACAUGAGAGUGACUCGCCUCCCAGUUCUGACCCCUUCGGCAUGAGUCUGGAGGCGCUGAGGACUGGCUCCACCACUCUCCUCUCUAUACGCAAGAUCCGGGAGGCUUCACUAGCCUUGUGUGCGAAGCGGUCACUGAGCCAGAGUCCGUCACCACCACCCUGCCCUCCCGCCGCCCAUCUCGCCUCCUCGGGGGUAUCUGUGUCCAUCUCUUCUUCAGCUGCCGUCGCUGCUGCCGCCUCACUCCUCUCACCAUCUUCACAUUCACUCAUUUCUUCCUCGUCGUCAUCGUCUUCGUCCCCCCCAUCUCCUCCGGCGGGGGCGCGGCCUCCUGGGCGGCCUCCUCCCCCACCUGCUGACUACACAGACGCUCUCAGGCGGCGGAAGGUUCACAAAUGUGACUUUGAGGGUUGUGAGAAAGUUUACACCAAGAGUUCUCACCUCAAGGCACACAAACGAACACACACAGGGGAGAAGCCCUACCAGUGUACGUGGGAUGGCUGUAUGUGGAGGUUCGCGAGGUCUGACGAGCUGACACGCCACUACCGCAAACACACGGGCCAGAAACCCUUCAAAUGUCAGCUGUGUCAGCGGUCCUUCUCACGAUCUGACCACCUCUCCCUCCACAUGAAGAGGCACUGAAGAGAGCAGGGGAUUGUGAUGACUGUCCCCAAGUUUUGAUCUCCAUUUGUACUCACAGCUGAUGUGAGGAUGGUGUCAGGUGUUUCUCUUCUCAGUUACGCCCCUCUACUGGCUGGGGUGCUGAGGUAAAUAGAGAAGUUUGUGCCAAGAGCGCCUCUGUUUCACACACACCUCUUGUCCUCACGGUGAGAACUCCAGUGGCUGGAGGUUAAGCCAAAACGGGAGUAGAGACUUACAUUAGUCUGGGCUGCCGGCCUCCAAGCCCCUCUCAAGACGGUCUUUUUAGAGCUUUUUAGUACUACGCAGGUCCCAAUUGUCCUCCCGCUGUUUUUAGGGGGGACCAAGACGAUCACAUGGAAAAAAAGGUGGUGAUGUUUGACCCCCUGUAUAGUUUGUGUCGACUAAAAGCUAAAUAAAAAACUAUCGCCUCGGUGUAUGAACAGUAACUCUGUGUUAUCACUAGUGAUAGUGUGUGAUAGUAAGGACAAAAUAAACUUUAUAAGAACAUUCCAAUGUUUAAAGCCAAGAAGAAUUGUGCACAAUGGUCACUAAAGAAAAACCGGAAUAUAGAAAAAUCCAGGAUUACCCGACCAGUCCCCAGGAGGUGACGAGUGCUUCAUGCAGACAAUAUUUACCGACAUUAUACACUGAACCGCUGUCUUCCAGAUGCCUUGUGACUUACCAUAGAAUGUAUUUUCAUUUCAGGAGAAUCAUGUGCUCCCAAGUCAUUCGUCAUGAUUGGAUUUUAUAACUAAUGCUGAUUAGCCUCAAUAUUUGGCGCAAGAUUAUUAUAUUUGUCUCAACUUUACACAAGAUGAGGUAAUUUAAAUCUUUUACGCUUGAAAAAAAAUUCAAGAAGUGAUACUAUUUCUAAGCACAAAUAGAUAACAGUGCAUGUAGUAGUCUUCCAACUUCCUUGUGAUGGAAACAGUGUUAACUUACGAGAUCUUCCAUUGCUGAGCUGACAGCCCAAGAUAGCCUCGGCCGGGGGCACCCACCGCUGCACACUCACACCCUUCAGGAAAUGAUAUGGAACUUUUUAAGUGCUCAAAUGUAUCAUCGGUUCGCGUGAUUGUCUCAGAAGACUAUUUUUCAUGAUAUAAAGACUUUUAUCUGUAUUAUUUAUAAUCAAGUGAGCGUUUUACUUUUCCCAGGUAACCCAUUACCUCGCCCAGUGUGCACGGUUGGAUGCCUCCGCCGAGUUCACGGUUAGGGACCAUUGGACUACGGGGCAUCAGUGCUGAAGCCUUUGCUCGAUAUAUGUAGGAUACGCAGUCUCCAGGAUGUAUGUAGAAUCAAAAGAACUGUGAUUUCUCUCACUGUACUUAUUUCCGCGUUUGUCUGAAUUACGCCCAGUAGGGGCUUUUACAUAUGUAUAGUACAAAAUACUAGCCAGAAAGUUCUGUUUUUACGGCAUAAAAACCUCUGUACGGACUGACUGUGUACAUCCGACUGCUUCUCCAUACACUGGUGGCGGGUCUGGUCAGAUUUGGGCUAAGCACUGUGUAUACCCAUUUCCUUUCUCUCUCUCUUCACUGGCCAGCUGUUCCUCCACAAGUGUUCUUCUCCUUUCUGCCUCCAUGCAUUUGUCUUUGUUCCCAACUCCCUCUUCCUCCGUCUCUAAACGUCAAUUCAUUCCUGCUAUGAGGCAAAACGGUGCUGGUUAACCUUUUCCCUUUUUUAAGGUCAUAUAAUAACCCUUAUGAUCCUUGGUGCCAUCU